AUGGAGUACUUGAGUAGGAACCUGGCUAACCUUAAGAUGUUCACUCAGGUUUCUGGGCUUCAAGCAAACCUCAACAAGAGUGAAGCAUAUUUUGAAGGAGUUCCUACAGAAGAUAGACAACAAAUCCUUCAGCUUUUGGGCCUUUCUACUGGAGAACUACCCUUCAAAUACCUAGGUGUGCCUCUAUCUACUAAAAAACUGAGUGUACUUCAAUGGCAGCCCCUCCUUGAUAAAAUGACUGUAAAGAUUACUUCAUGGACUGCAAAGACCUUGUCAUAUGCACGAAGAAUGAACACAUUGGCAAUACCACAGCAAGCUUGUUGGAUGGUGAGGAAAGUGAUUGAGGCAAAGGAGAUACUGGAAGCUAGACACUUUGUACAACUUCACAACAGAAGCUUGAUCAGACAAAUCUACUUGCACUUGCUUGGUGAUUACAACAGGGUGGAAUGGAAAAGCUUGAUGUUUAAUAAUGCAGCAAGACCAAAAGCAAAAUUCAUCAUGUGGCUUAUGAUGUAUGGAAGAUUGAUGACAUGUAACAGAUUGAGCAGCUGGAAGAUUAUUGUUGAUACUCAGUGUGUAAUGUGCAGAAAACAAGUGGAAACCAGAGAUCAUCUAUUCGUACAAUGUGAAUAUACUAAGUAG